AUGACAAUCUCGACAUGGCGCGGGCUACUGGUCCUCCUCGGUCUUUUGUCGCUGUUCGCCACAACCCGAGCCGCCGACAAGAACCUGAUCCCCACACAGGCCUCCGAUUCCUUCCCGGCCUGUGGCUUAUCUUGCGACACCCUCAAGCAGGCCCAGGAUAGCUGUACCGCGGGCGCCGACCAGUCCGCCUGGGUGUCUUGUUUCUGUCAGUCGGCUCUGCUGACCCAGCUGAAAUCCUCGGGCAGCCUCUGCUCCUCCUGCACCAGCUCCUCCGACCAGUCCCUCCUCUCAUCCUGGUACAAGAAUUACUGCAAAUCGGGCGGCAAGGCCCAGACCACUGCCGAUGAUAAGGCCAACACCGCCACGGCCACAACAACCACGACUGGCGCGACUGGCACCAGUUCCUCGGAUUCGAGUGGCAAGACCUACGCGACAACCGAAGAGCACAAGUCUUGGUGGAGCGGCCACUACCAAUGGGUAAUCAUGUUGAUCGUCAUCUUCGUCGGCUUCGGCAUCAUCGCCGCCCUCGGUGUCUGGCUCAAGCGCCGCCACGACGCCAAGCGAGCUGGCCUGUACCAGGCGGGCAGCACCGCCACCAGUAGCAGCGACGUCUUCCGCCGCUCGGGCAUGCUCAGUCCCAGCGCGGGGUCCAACCCGGCUGCGCCCUGGGCCGCCGCGGCGGCUACUCCGGGUUCAGCACCGUCCCGCGGUGCCGGCCCCGGGUCCUUCGCCAGCAGUUCCCGCUCCCACGUAGCGCCUAGAGCUCCACCCCUGCCUAGCCGGUCGCGCUCACGACUACAGAAGGUACCUCAGUCCCCGGGCGAUAUCGAGAUCCGCCAGAUUUAG